GUUACAGUCAGCUGCAAAACAUAGGUACUAGGUCUCAGGCAAUAUUUCGUGCAGUGCAUUAUUUUUAUGUUAUAACUCGUGCUCGUGCUCGUCCUCGUCCUCCGUUUUGUUUCUGAUAUAGAUACGUUAAAAAAUACCGCUAAUUAUUACCUGCGACUUCAGUUAUGAAGGGCCCCAGCGCAGAGAGUGGCACGAUGGAAGUAAUGGAUGAGAGCACUACAUCACCCACUGAUCCGAACAGCGACGACCUCCCACCGUACCUGCGUGAAGAUCCACCAGAAGAUUUGGACAAGGACCAUCCAAAGAGUGAAGGGGGCGUGGUCUGGAGAAUGACAGGCGGCCUCUUUAACCUGACCAGAGGAGCAGUGGGAGCCACUCUUGGAGGAGUGGCCUGGGUGGGCAGCAAAAGCUUCGAGCUGACCAAAACAGCCGUGACGAGCGUCCCAGCAGCCGGGGUGGGAUUGGUCAAGGGCAGCGUCUCCGUGGUAACAGGUGGAGUCGGGGCGGUUGGGUCAGCCGUGGCCAGUAAAGUCACGACGAAGAAGAAAGACAAAUCAGAUUAGCAUGGCUGACGGCUUGGUGCACGUUUACGUCGACAUUUCCGUUACUGUCUGAGCAGGUGUAUGGUCACUCUGUUGGGUUUAAGCAUUACCAAACAGUACAUGAUGCUGAUCAAGAUCAAUGUUUCUGGCUGAAGUUGCCCUCUUGUGCCUGACAUUACAAACACAGUUAGCACUACAAAUGGCAAAAAAGAGCAACUUCUCCAUUUACUGCUGGUGUGGGUUUGAUGAUUGAUUGGGCUCUCCUACUGUUUGUCUAAUAGUUUCUAUUUUGUUUGUUUAUUUUUUUGCUUUGCUAAUAUUAUAGUUGAGGGACAGGACCGUUCCAUUUACACGAAAGGAAAUCACAGAUCCAUUAUGAAUUGCACGUCCAAUCCUUAAGAAAAACAGACCAAAUGUGAAUAUAUGGCGUAUUUGUACAUUAGGACCAACCAGUGUGAAACCGAAGUAUUACUGGAAUUCUUUUUUGUUGUUUUUUUCUUUUCUCUCUCUUCUCUGUGGGCGGGAUGGAGGGAGGUGUCACAAAACAUUUGUAUCAUUUUCCUAAUUUAAUUAUGUCUGGGUCAGGAAACUAAAACGAAAUGCAUGCAGGUCCCAAUCCUGGAGAGCACCCCUUUUAAUCAGAGGCUGUGUAUAAAUCCUGUAGUUGAUCAUUUUCAUGAACAAAAAAGGCGUAUAUGUUCCAGACACGGAGCAUUUAUUGUCUUGAAACGUCGUGUCUUCGACUGAAUGAAGGAAUGUUGUGACACUAACGUUCCCUAAUACUGCUGAGCCGCAUGAGCCAAAUGCUAUAUGAUUAUUUUCUUUUAAAUGGGAUAUUUUUCUUUCAGAUUAGCAAUGAAUGAAUAAGGAGACGCUGAAUGUCAUUUCUAUGCAUUUCAUCAGUCAUGGACACUAAUAUUAUUCUUCACACUGCAUACAGAAAAAAGAAAAUCACACUCCCAUGCAACCCCGACAUUUUCAUAUUGUGAUAAUUGGCUAACCCGUCAUUUUAAUUGUUGAUCUCGUAUUACCUGUACCGGUCUCACUGGGCAGCACUUACAUGGCUGGCUAGCUGAUUUAAAAAAAAACUAACUGUAAAAGUAGUUGUAUGUAUUAUACAUUAUAAUUUUGUGACCCACAGAUCUUUAAUCAGAUCAGUAAAUCUGCAAGUGUAUCACAUAUACAAUCCUUUCAUUACAGUUACAAAUCCAAAUUUAAGUCUUUACAAUGUUCUCUUUGCGAUCAGGAGUCACAAAGGUACGUUUAUGAAUUACUGUUUACACGUCCAAAAGGAUUACAAGUGUUUUAACAAACAUUUUACGGUUGUUACAUCUGACUGUCAUUAGGAACUAGGGAUGUUAAAAUUCCGAGAUAAGGAAUGUGAGGGAAUGUGAAACAGGGCAUAAUAGAGUGCAGUGUCCUAUACUGUGACUCUAACACUAGAAAAUGCAGUCACCUUGUUUUUAAACACUUCAUCGAGCAAAAAUUAAAGACUCAGUCUCAAAUAAUGUUUAUUAUGUACAAUAAGGUUGCUCGACAGCUCAUAGCUGAAAUGUUACCCAAAGACUUUCUGCCUUUUGGUUUUCUGAAAAAAGUGAGACGUAGCUCAGUGGUUAAGUCACUGUGCUACUGAUCGUAAGGUUGUGAGUUCAAAUCCUAGCACAACCAAACUACCACUGUUGGGCCCUUGAACAAGUCCCUUAACCCUGAACUGCUUUGUUGUAUCCUGUCUCAGUUGGAUAAAAGCGUCAGCCGAAUGAGCUGAAUGUAAACAUGGGAAUAAUGAAUCAUAAAUGUAGUACUGAAAUUUCAGUUCCAAGAUUUGCAACUUGCAGAUUUACUACUGUAGCAUAAGUUUGACUAUCGAUUUGUAAUUCGUAAAAUUGCCACUUCAUUCACACGCAAUUACUUCUGACAGGAAAUUAGCUCUGUAUCAUAUGUUGCCUUACAUAAUGAUUACAUUUAAGCAAGAGAAUCAUUUCUGGUAAUUUACAUACAUAUAACUCUAUCUACUCAACCAUGGUACGUGUUAAGUUUAUUGUGUUACGUUUUUAUAGCCGUUUAUCAGCAAAAUUGUCCUGGCAUGUUUACAGGAGACCAAGAGACCACAUUUACUCUGUAUCUAAUCUGGAGAGAAAUUUGGUUUGGGAUGCUUAGUUCAUCACUGAGCUGUUAGGCUCUAAGUAAUCCGUCCCCUCUGCAGGGCACAUCAACAAGAUUUGCAUCGUAAUGCAUGAAAAUGCAACAGAAAUCAGGUAGACCAUGUGGAAUGAGAUGUAGUUACAGUAUAUUGAAAUUGACCUGCCAUGAUGGUUAGGGGAGAUAAUUGGGCCACAAAUCCAGCACCAAUAUAUUUUUCAAAAUAUGUUUUCUCCCAUCCAUCGGAGUUUACGUAGAACUUCUACACAAUGUGUUUAAGGGUACUUUUUUUUUUUUUUUUUUUUUUUUUAAAUAGUUUCUCCUCCUUUCUGUCUUUUCAUACUCGUAUUUAUCUGAUAUGUCUGCUUUUUUUUCGUGUGCACAGUUCCUAGCUUCUCAUGACGUGUUGCAUGCUCCUCCCUCCUCUGCUGUAUGCUGUUGAACUGUCUUAUCCAUCUGUCUUUAUCCAUCUCCAUGAUUUUGGUGAGUGAGCUGUUGUGCUGGAGGCUCUGUUACUCUAAACUGAACUUUAGAAAAGUAGAUUUUUUUGUCUAUUAUAGAACUAUUUUUGCUAAAUUGAUGCUGUAUUCUUCGAUUAAAGCAAUUCUGUAUUUUA